CAGUCGGCCUACACGAGAAUCUAUUCUUAGAUCAAUCAAUUCUUUAAGUUCCAAACCGGCUGUAGUGACCUCACCCUGUCUCCGGAACCAAUUCUGAACUGACCAGCCAAGAGGGUUCACUUACUGCCAAACAUGGAUCAGAAAUUCAACCCAGACACGGCAAGGGUGUAUUAUUUUCGGUACAUGAGGGAGUACCGCGCUAUAUGUGUUUUAUGGGGACUGUUAUCCAUUAUUUGGUGUAUAUUGAACCUCGUGGCUUUUGUUCAGCCGCAGUGGAUUGGUGAUACCCCGACCAGCCCGGGGUUCGGCCAUGUGGGGGUGUUCCAGCACUGCUACCCCGAUAACUCCCAGGGGAUCUACGUUUGCAGUGGUUCCUUCACUACGUUUGAUUCCAUUCUGAACGAUUCCUUCAGAGCCACCACAUUUUUCGUCGGAGUUUCAGCACUUAUUAUGCUUAUCACUGUUGCGGCUUUAUUACUCUUCUUCUGCUUUAAGAAAACGUUUGUCUUCUACUUCUGUGGCAUCAUGGAACUUAUUUCAGCUGUGUUUAUGUUCCUGGCCUGUGUAAUCUUCCCAAGUGGAUGGAGCCAGUAUGAGGUUCAGCAGAUCUGUGGAGAAUCGUCUGGGGAGUAUCGGUUGGGAUCGUGUAACAUACGCUGGGCCUACAUCCUCGCCAUCCUGGGUAUUUUUGAUGCUGCAAUUCUCUCUGUGCUGUCAUUUUUCCUUGCUGCCAAGCGAGCCAAGCUGGACUAUCUAACUCCCACUGGAGCUGUUACCAAAUCUGACCUGAAUGGAUACUCAGCAGAAACCAUGUCUAAGCGCUCCAUGCCCAUUCAGCCUGUGGUUACUGUCCCAGAAGAGCGGGUAGCAGCGUACUCUGAGUACUCACAAUCGACCAAACGUCAGGGGGCCUCAAACUUCCAGCUGUAAACAGAUCAGUCUCUGAGGCCUCGUCUGGAGCAUGAAAUCAGAACUACACAAAAAUAGGGUCUUCUCAGUGCUUUACCUCUCCAAUUUAUACACUUUAUAUUUGGUGACAUUCAAAGUUGUACCUUGACAUUGAAGAAAUUGUUAAAAUGUUCUUUUCUGUUUUAAUUGGAAAAUGUUAAUUUUAUGAUAUUGGGCUUAAUUGCUCACACAUUUUUGUAGGAUUUGUAUUUUUUGUCCCUGUUUUUUGUGUAAUUUUUGCUUCCAAUUGCCUUGGGUGCCCUGUUUGAAAUGGUCAGUCCCCCUCUGAAAAGUUCAGCAAAGUAGUGCUACAAGUUUACAAGCUUGAUAUUUGAUGGUAGUAUUAAAUGUAAACUCAUUUUGUUUAGUGAUUUAAUUUACUUGCACAUUUUGUCCUUGUCUGUUUUCAAAAGGGCAUUUUGGAUAUAUAGUUUUCAAACAUUAUAGAAUUGUCAAACAAACAAUAGAUUAUGAUAUUUUUCUGAAAAAUUC